UCCCGGUGCCCUGAAUGUGACCCCCCCCUCUGUAUUUGUACCAGGAUCCCGGCUGGUGGAUGCUGCUGUCUCUCGCAUGAUCCACAAUCAGCCCUGCUUCCUCUCGUCGUUAUUUAUUCCCUCGAUCGUAUGGGUUGCGGCCCCGGCGCUUCUGGUCCGCGCUGCUCCCGCUUUCGCUCUGUACUCCGUUAGCUGCUUGCUUUCUCUCUCUCUCUCCCUCUCGUCCUCCAAGCUGUACCCCCCCCCCACUCCACACAUUUUUUAUGCUUUCGUCGCGUGCGACAUGCGAUUUGAGUCCUCCGGCUUUCCCAGCCCCUCGGCUCUCCAACUCCGCGUCACCGCUCGCUGUCUGCUCGUCUCUCUCGCUUUCUGUUUUUUCGCAGUCGUCGCCCUCGCGAUCGUUUCGAUGUUGCUUCGCUGCCCGUUUCUGUUGUACUGUCGGUGUCCCCUCCCAUCGUGGACGCUUUGCCAGUGCCCUCCAGUCCUGCUCUCAAGAGCAUCAUCCCUGCGCUCCUCUGUCCGCGGUCGACUCCCUUCUUCUCCAUGAGGACCUUGAUAUCUGCCACCCUGCCUUCCCAUGUCGCAAGUGUGGUUUUCACCGCUCCUCAUCAUUGCCUCUUGCACCUCGGGCCAAUCUUUGUCUGGCCCAACUUCUCCUCCCCCCGGUGGGCAGUGGUGGUGGUAAUGCCAUCCUCUUCCUCUCUUGUACUUUUCGCUCCCUAUUAUCAGUUUUUUUGGAGUUACUCUGUGCAUAUCCACUCAACCUAUGGCCCAUCGUCUCUCUGCAACCCCGGCUCCGCAACCUUGUCGGACCUUUGGCAAUGUUUUUGUAUGCAGCUUCAGUCAAACAAACGGGCUGCCAUUCCUCUCGCCCCCAUCCCCUCGUGGCUCUGGGUAUUUUUCAUGUUUCUUUCCGGCGCGCUCGUCGCUGCUGCUUCCUUUUGGCAGAUUGCUGCGGCAAAUCUUUAACGGUGCGCUACCGCCCCUCUCUCCUUGUCCGCUCGCCGUUCGCUCCUCUUGCCAUCAUCGCAUGUAUAGAAACAAAAAACAACAAAACAACAAAAACAACAACAACAAAAAAAAAAAAUCAGAAAAGAAUUGAGAAAAUGAAUAUAACAGGAUUGUCGAAAUGAAUGAAUGAAUGAAUGAAUGAAUGAAUGAAUGAAUGGGUG